AUGUCUGAAAAGGCUUAUGACAGAAUGAGUACGGGGUCGGUGAGGGUUUCGGAGAGAUCAAGAUGGCCACCAUUGACGAGAAUGUUAAUGUCUGGUGAGAUGACGGCGGAAAUGCCGAGGGAAUUGACGAUGAGGGAGAAAUUCGACAGAUGGAUGGUUAACGAGGGAUAUCGACGAUUUUUCGUCUUCGUCUUCGCUUUACUCCAUGUCAUGGUUUUCACAUUCGGUUUCUUGAAUUAUCAGCUCAAGGAUAGUUUUGGUAUUGCACGAAGUACAUUUACCGUCACCUAUGCGAUUGCUAGAUCCGCUGCCUUGACGCUGCAUUUCGAUGUUGCUAUGAUUUUGUUCCCGGUUUGUCGUACUUUGAUCUCUUUGGCACGUCAAACCCCUUUGAACGGCAUUGUACAAUUCGAUAAGAAUAUCACUUUCCAUAUGCUCACAGCGUGGUCUAUUGUAUUCUUCUCUUGGGUACAUACUAUUGCGCAUUGGAACAACUUUGCUCAAAUUUCAGCAAAGAAUAAUCUCGGUAUUGGUGGUUUCCUCCUCGCCAACUUUGUCAGUGGACCUGGAUGGACUGGAUAUGUUAUGUUGGUUGCUCUUAUGGCUAUGGCUAUUACUUCAUACGAAAAAUAUCGUCGGGCAAACUUCGAACGUUUCUGGUACACUCAUCACUUUUUCGUCAUCUUCUUUGUAUUCUGGUCCGUCCACGGAGCUUUCUGUAUGAUUCAACCAGAUACCGCACCUUACUGUGUUAGUGUUGGUACAUCGGCUAUUGGUGUCUUCUGGCAAUACUGGAUGUAUGGUGGUUACAUUUACCUCGCUGAACGUAUUGCACGUGAAAUCCGCGGGAAGCAUAAGACCUACGUUUCGAAAGUUGUUCAGCAUCCUUCCAACGUUUGCGAAAUUCAAAUCAAGAAAGAGAAUACAAAGACAAGAGCUGGUCAAUAUAUCUUUUUCUGUUGUCCCGAGGUCUCGAUUUAUCAAUACCAUCCUUUCACUCUCACAUCGGCCCCCGAAGAAGAUUAUAUUUCCAUUCAUAUCAGAAUGGUGGGAGAUUUUACUAGAGCUGUUGGAAAAGCCCUUGGAUGUGAAUUUGAUAAGCCAAAGGAUGGAAAGGGAGGAUCCCAAGUUGUUGGUGUCAAUCAAGGCUCACCAGGAUCCGAUGGAGCUGAUUCGGCUAUUCGUCGCAUCCUACCCCGUGUCUACGUCGAUGGCCCAUUCGGUUCCGCCUCUGAGGAUGUUUUCAAAUUCGAAGUCGCUAUGCUCUGUGGUGCCGGUAUUGGUGUUACCCCUUUCGCCUCGAUUCUCAAAUCUAUUUGGUACCGCAUGAACUAUCCUCAAAAGAAGACGCGUCUCGGAAAAGUCUAUUUCUUCUGGAUUUGUCGUGAUUUCGGUUCUUUCGAAUGGUUCCGUUCGCUUUUAUUGGCAAUCGAAGCUCAGGAUAUGGAUAACAGGAUUGAGAUUCAUACGUAUUUGACGGCUAAGAUUAAGGUGGAUGAUGCGACGAAUAUCAUGAUCAAUGAUGCAAAUGCAGAUCGUGAUGCGAUUACCGGUUUGAGAGCACCAACCAAUUUUGGAAGACCUAAUUGGGAUAUGAUUUUCAAGAGUGUGAGGAAGAUUCAUAGUCCUAGUGAAGCGGGUGUGUUCUUCUGUGGUCCAAAGGUGUUGGGUAGUCAGUUGCAUAUCAAGUGUAAUAUGUAUAGUGAGCCUGGAUUCAAUUUCUGCUGGGGCAAAGAAAAUUUCUAA